CACGUGCACUUUGUAAUGGAGAUCAACGUGCACACCACGGGCUUCCUCAAUUUACAAACUACCAGUGGCAAAGGUCAUGCAUAAUAAACACAUCCAUGUGGCAUGGCAUUUCGGUCUGUCAGAAUUGCCGUAUGUUUACGUCAGCUUUUUCGUGCUCGGAGUCCACGAAGGCAUCUAAGUUUGAGUGCGAAAGGUCUAUCCUGUUCCUGGGGAUCUAGACAAGCAUCGCGAGGCGGAAAGGCGCUCAAAGUUUGGCAAGAAAAUAACAUUUGGGGACUUGGAAUGGGGGAUACCGAUGAAAUUCUUACGCCGCUGCGGGUGGCAGUGAAGGAACAGGGAGAUUUAGUUCGGAAGUUGAAGGAGGAAAAAGCUGAUGUAAAUGAAGUCAAGAAAGCAGUGGUGGAGCUGAAAGCUCGCAAGAAAGCUUUGGAAGACAAGGAGCUUGCCUUGGCUCCCAAGGAUGACUUUGACCGCCUCAAGAUGGAGGACACGCUCAAGAGGCGAUUCUUCUACGACCAGUCCUUUGCCAUAUACGGAGGGGUAAGCGGCCUGUAUGACUUUGGGCCCGUGGGCUGCGCGCUGAAGGCUAACUUCAUCAACUUGUGGCGGAACCAUUUCAUCAUUGAGGAGGGCAUGUUGGAGGUAGACUGCAGUAUGCUGACGCCAGAUGCCGUCUUCAGGGCUUCUGGUCAUGUUGAGCGGUUUGCAGACUACAUGGUCAAAGACCUGAAGACUGGGGAAUGCUUCAGGGCGGACCAUCUACUCAAAGCACAUCUUGAGAAGCACCUACAAGACAAGAAGACCACAGUCGAGCAACGUGAUGAGUACGCAACCGUCUUGGCCCGGCUGGACUGCUACGGCAAGGACCAGCUAGCCGAGUUCUUCAAGAAGUACAACCUCAAAUCGCCCCUUACCAACAACAGCCUGAGCAAGCCCAUGGACUUCAAUCUGAUGUUUGGCACGUCCAUCGGGCCCACAGGCAACUUACCGGGCUACCUGCGGCCUGAGACAGCCCAGGGUAUUUUUGUCAACUUUAAGCGUCUUCUGGAGUUCAAUCAGGGUAGGCUGCCGUUUGCUGCAGCCCAGAUUGGAAAUGCCUUCAGGAACGAGAUCUCGCCCAGGUCCGGCCUCAUCAGAGUACGGGAGUUUACCAUGUGUGAGAUUGAGCAUUUUAUUGACCCGACCGACAAGGACCAUCCCAAGUUCUCUUCAGUGGCCGACCUUAAGGUGGCACUCUUCUCCAGCUGCGAUCAGCUGGAUGGCAAGUCGGCCUGCCAGAUGACCAUUGGCGAAGCUGUGGAAAAGGGCAUCAUAGCCAGCCCGGUGCUGGGUUACUUCAUGGCCCGCAUCUAUCUCUUCAUGGUGAAGGUGGGUGUGGACCCAGCCAAGCUGCGAUUUCGUCAGCACCUGGACAAUGAGAUGGCCCACUACGCCUGUGACUGCUGGGAUGCUGAAUGCAAGACGUCAUACGGUUGGGUGGAGUGUGUGGGAUGUGCUGACAGGUCUUGCUAUGAUUUGAGCUGCCACAUGAAGGCCACCAAGGUACCGCUGGUUGCCGAGAAGAAACUCCCACAGCCGAAGACUGUUGACGUCAUCGAGGUGGUCCCACAGAAGGGCAUUGUGGGUAAAGCCUUCAAGAAGGAUGCCAAGGCGAUCAUGGAGCACCUGGCGAGCAUGUCGGAGGAUCAGGUCGUGGAGUUUGAGCUGGCCCUCAAGGAGAAGAGUGAAGCAGAAGUACAAGUGGAUGGCAAGUCGUUCAGCCUGAAGCCCGACAUGGUAACCAUCAAGAGAUACCAAAAGACACUGCAUGUUGAGGAGAUCAAGCCAUCUGUCAUCGAGCCCUCAUUUGGAGUGGGCCGAAUCUUGUACUCCAUCCUGGAGCACAACUUCAAAGUCAGGGAAGGAGAUGAACAGAGAACGUAUUUCACCUUGCCAGCCAUCGUUGCUCCCUACAAGUGCUCCGUGUUACCUCUCAGCAGCAACAAGGAGUUUGAGCCACUGGUGAAGGACUUGUCCAAGGCCUUGUCUGACGCCAACAUCUCCCACAAGGUGGACAGCAGCUCUGGCUCUAUCGGGAGACGUUACGCCCGGACGGACGAAAUCGCUAUCCCGUUCGGGAUAACGGUGGACUUUGAUUCCUUGAAGGAGCCCCACACGGCAACACUGCGGGAACGGGACACCAUGAAGCAAAUACGCGCCCCGGUGGAUGAGUUGCCCACAAUUGUGAGCGAUUUGUCAAACGGUAAGAUAACGUGGCUGGACGUUCUGCAGAAGUACCCCAGCUUUGAGGGACAGGAAAGCACAUCUGGCCAAUAAAGGAUGAUGCUCAUGACAUGCUCACCUUCAAGUCCGUUGCAAGUAAUACAUUUGAAAAUAUCUUCUUCUUUUUUCAAUUUUUGUUUUUGAACAUAUACUUGUGAAUUCAAAUUUGAGAUCCUCUAAGUUAGCAACUGUUGCAGGAUAAAACACGGAAAAAAAGAAAUUUGCAAAGCACUGAAAUAAUUUGUUCAUCCAGUAAAACUAAAACUAGUCUAAUCUGACAGGCAACCUCCAUUUAUGCCCGAUUAAUACAGCCACACCUGAUACCAAGUAAAGAGCCCCCAUUGUGCGGUGUUGGCCCAGUGCGUUGCUGGAUGGCUGUGUUGUCUUUACUAAUGCAGCCAGAUUCCAUGAGCGUGCAGUGGUAUGGUAUCGUGCAUCGCUGGAAUGCUGGAAGGCUUUUGUCCCCGCUGAUAAUCUGCUGGUGCUGGCAGUGACAAACAGUGGUAUUGUUUCAAAAUAAUGACGGAUUACCUCCGCUAUUGCCAGCACUCUGUGUUGACAGCAUAUGAACCUUGAUUGGCUAGUCCCAGCAGCUCGGUCUUUUGUUACGAGUUCGGUAUUUUGUUACAAGGCCCAGUUCGUUAGCUCUGAUUUCGGGUACUCCAGCCAGGAAUAUACGGUCAAUGUCUCCGGUACCAGGAAUCCCGGUGCCGAGUGGUUAAUGCACCCCUGAUAGAACUUGCCCGAAUCAUAUAACACAGCAACAGCAUUCCCAGUCAGGAUUCAUUUCAAAGUCAUAAAUAUGUCAGACUUUGGCAUAAGUUGAUCUUCUAGGUAGUUCUCAAAUUUAUCUUACACAACUGGUCUCUGGAUACUUAAAAUCAUGUUUACAAAAAAAUCUGUGUGAAAGAGUGAAUAAAGAAGUUAUAAAAUGUAACUAUGUGGUAUUUGUGGGUUACCAAUGCCAAUGAAAUCAGUGGAUUUUGUGCAUCGAGUGAGAGAAAGUGGACAGUAGAUACAGUGGUCAGUUCCAAUGUCUCAACCAACUCUAUUGCCUUGUCAUUGGGGGGAGGGCAGUAAUACUGUAGGUAAGGGAGGCGUAAAUGGUCGAGUGGUAUUGUAAUAUGUUAUGGGUUUGUGCAUCAAUGAAAAGGAGCACUUCCUUGCCCGUCUAGUGACUUCCCGUGGGGCUGACACCAUUGGCAUUAACCUGGUCGAUGCUCGCCGUUCCCUAUUUAAUACAUGCCACCGGGGACUCUGAAUAAAGAAGCAGGCGGUCAACUCAGCUCGUCAGCAAUUCAGUGGUACUUGGAGGCCUAACACAUUAUCUCUUACAAUUGUCAGAUUGUUUCAGGCAAAACAGGUCAUAUCUGUGGAACUUACGGAUGAGAAAUACAUGUAGCACCCCUGAAAUAUGGCCGGCAAAUGUGGCACAUGUAGUGUAUUUGUGGUAUCGUGUUGUAUUCAGUCUGAUAAUAGCAGUGCUUAAGAAAUUUUCCAGGGUUGCAUUGCAUCUCUACAACAUCUGGCAGUUCAAGUGGCGUUAAAAGUUAGUACAUGUAGGAAUCCUUAUAAGGGGUGAAUUAAAGCGUCCGAGACUUUGGUUGGGGAAAUUACAUAGGAGUGAUUUUCAGGGUGAUUAAAAAAACAAACAAAGAAACGGUUUGGAAAUAAAAAGCAGUGUUGACCUUAGAUUUAAAGUAUUUUUAGACCUUGUGCAAAGCAGAAUGACGCAACUAUUAACUUUUAAUUAUUAUGUCAAUAAUAUAUCUUUCAGAGAUUUACCAAAACACUGAAACAAUCCCCAAAAUGCCAAGAAAUGGUUACAACUUGGUAUUUACAGUAAAUAGAAAGAGGCCUCAAGUUACUACAUGUACAUUGUAAAUUGUUUUUAAAAUCAAAGUCAUGCUGACGGGUGAGAUUUGUCAGGAUUUUUCUUGAUGUCAGGAUUUUUGCAUCAAGAUCUUCCUGAUUUCAUGAUUUUUCAAACAAUCUUUAUAAAAAUCUGGAAAUCUUAAAAAAUCUUAUAUGUAAAUGUGACCCACUCUGUGAAAAUGAGUUUUAAGUUGCCAGAGCCACUUUGGAGUAAAAAGUCCUUUAGAAUAAUUUUGUACGUGUAAAUCAUUAGCAACCCACAGCAUUUUUCAUCAUGGAGUAUCCACUUUCAUCAGGAUGCCAAACUGAGUGAUACAUCAAAACAAAAAACUCAAUUUGCUCCUUCUAAUACAAAUGAAAACUCAAAAUGUGGCUCUGGUGACACAGGACUCAUUUUGACAGAGCGGGUCACAAAUGCUGAUAGAAAAGUUAGGCUAUAAGAGUGCUCUCAGGAAAAAAAACAAAUAUCAUAGACUCCAGCUGGGGGCCCUCAAAA